GUAAGCGAAAGAAAUAAAAAAGUAUAAAUAGAAAAAAAAUAAUCUAAAAUAAACUCUCCUUCUUCAAGCUUAGCAGCGAAUCCCUCUCUCUCUCUCUCUCUAAAUUCAGCAGUGUAGAAGUUGAUCUAUAGCCAUUACACAUAUCGCAUUUCGCUGUUCUCUAUAGCUAUGGUUCGUUCUAAUUGCUCUGUGAAACUAAUAUCUGAUUGGGCAUGAAUCGUCUGAGAGUUUGUUAAGAUCCGAUACUUAUAAGAAUAUUUACAGAAGUGAUAAAAUUGGAAUUUUCACUGAUGGUGUAUGCGACUGACCCUGUAGAGUCCUUUUUUAAUUCGCUUCAAGUUGUCAAGGAUGCGUUUAUGCCGCUCGAAUGUGGUAUUCGAAAAGCAGCAAAAGAUUUUGAGCAUUGUUGGCCAGGUUCAAAUGAUGGGGCGAGAAAUCUGGAAUUUGUUAGUGUUGAGAAGAUUAGUAGUAAGGUUCAGAUCCUGUCUUCGAAGAAAAAAUGUACUGAGUGCGUGGUUAGUGAUAAUAGAGAGAAGGGUUUUUCUAUAAAGAUUCCGAUUAAGACUUUCUUGGGAUUUUUUCCACAAAAUUGUACAAGUAAUGACCAUAAGGUCAACAUGUCAAAAAAGGGGUUGAAGGAGAGGUAUGCUGGUAAUGAGGUUGUGAAUUGCAUACGGUUGGUGGUGAUGUGGUCAGUGUUGCUUGAUGGAUUCGUCCAGGCUAUCCCGAAUCUGUUUAAAAUCAGUAAAAAGCAGCUUCAGAAAACAGAUUAUGGAAACGAACUUUGUACAAAUUCGUCCCCAUGCACAUUUAAACAGUGGGUUCCUUGUGAAGGAAAGCGAAAGCAAUCAAACGGUCUUCUUUCAACAUUUCAGAAUGAGGAUGUAAAACAAAAUCAAGGAAUAAAUAUGUCAAUUGAGUGCCUUACAGGUUUUGUUUUUGAUCAAUUAACUCAAAAUCUUCAGAAGUUCGAUUUCGGUGUCCAACAAAGUGAAUGCAAGAAUUGUGACUCAUCUCUUCCUCCUCAUCCUACCAAUCAGUUUAAUCGUGCACUUACAAGCAUUUUGGAAGGUAAAAAAGAGGUUAUCGAUGGUUUUUUGCAAAAUUUGAGGUUUGCUAGAGUGGGAGGCAUUCCAUCGGGUAUUGUGGGAGUAGCUUCUUCUGUUAAAGAAGAGGGUGAUGACAGUGUUGCUUCUAGAGACGGGGAAGAAUCUGGGGGUAGUUCUCCGCAGAAGCUGGCUAAUGGGUUAUUUAGCAUUCCCUUGUCAAAUGUCGAGCGGUUGAGAUCCACACUAUCAAUUGUUUCAUUGACAGAACUAAUUGAACUUGUACCUCAGUUUGGGCGAUCUUCAAAAGGCUAUCCUGACAAGAAGAAGCUUUUCUCAGUUCAGGAUUUUUUCAGAUACACUGAAUCUGCAGGAAGAAGGUUCUUUGAGGAGCUGGAUAGAGAUGGCGAUGGCCAAGUUAAUUUGGAAGAUCUUGAAGUUGCUAUGCGAAAGAAAAAGCUGCCUCGGAGAUAUGCUCGUGAAUUCAUGUGUUGUGCUAGAAGUCACUUGUUUUCAAAAUCAUUUGGUUGGAAACAAUUCUUGUCCUUGAUGGAACAAAAGGAACCAACCAUUCUUCGAGCUUAUACUACCCUCUGUUUGAGCAAGUCUGGUACACUACAAAAGAGUGAAAUAUUGGCGUCACUAAAAAAUGCCGGACUUCCAGCAAAUGAGGAUAAUGCUGUUGCCAUGAUGCGGUUUCUGAAUGCAGACACAGAAGAAUCAAUUUCUUAUGGACAUUUCCGUAAUUUUAUGCUUCUGCUCCCAUCUGAUCGACUAGAAAAAGAUCCUCGGAGUAUCUGGUUUGAAGAUGCUACUGUUGUCGCUGUUCCGCCGCCUGUGGAAAUUCCAGCUGGAAGUGUUCUUAAAUCUGCAUUGGCUGGGGGACUUUCUUGUGCAUUAUCUAGUUUUCUAAUGCACCCCAUCGAUACGAUAAAGACCCAAGUACAAGCAUCGACACUUACUUUUCCAGAGAUCAUCUCAAAGAUUCCAGAAAUUGGAGUCCAUGGAUUAUACAGAGGCUCCAUCCCAACUGUUCUUGGACAAUUUUCAAGUCAUGGCUUGCGAACUGGAAUUUUUGAGGCAAGCAAACUUGUGUUGAUAAAUGUUGCUCCAACACUUCCAGAAAUACAGGUUCAAACUGUAGCAUCAUUCUGUAGCACUUUCCUGGGGACAGUAGCGCGGAUACCAUGUGAGGUAUUAAAGCAAAGGUUGCAGGCUGGCAUUUUUGACAAUGUGGGACAGGCAAUUGUUGGAACUUGGCAUCAAGAUGGUCUUAAGGGUUUUUUCCGUGGGACGGGUGCCACGCUCUGCCGGGAGAUUCCAUUCUAUGUUGUGGGCGCAGGGCUUUAUGCCGAGUCCAAAAAGGUUGUCCAGAAGCUUUUGGGACGCGAUCUGGAGCCCUGGGAGAUAAUUGCUGUUGGGGCUAUAUCUGGUGGGCUAACUGCUGUUCUUACAACACCCUUUGAUGUGGUGAAGACUAGAAUGAUGACUGCACCCCAAGGCCGGUCGGUUUCCAUGUCAAUGGUAGCCUUUUCUAUUCUCCAUCACGAGGGACCCCUUGGAUUAUUUAAAGGAGCUGUACCCAGGUUCUUCUGGGUUGCUCCACUGGGUGCCAUGAACUUUGCCGGCUAUGAGCUUUUAAGGAAAGCAAUGGACUAAAAUGAAGAGCAAUCUGGUGAGCAGUUCUCUCACAAAAGUUGACCACCGCAAGUGUAAAUUUCUAACCGAACAAUUGAACGUGCAUGCUGGUGGAAAGUUUUGAGCUUUUUCUGAGUGCAGCAGCAUCAUGUGCCUCAAAUUUUAAUCUGUCGACAUUUCUGUCAUUAUUGUCAAACGAUAGUCUCUUUUUGUUGUUGUCAUUUUAAAUCUUUUUUUUUUUUUCAACUCGUUUUGAACUGUGAAAUGCCAGUGAUGGCUUGCACAUAUGUUCAUAGUUUUUCUUUGUAAUCCAUUUUGUAUAUUUAUGUGCAGGCUUUUGUAUCUUCCUCUUUCUAAUAUCAAUCUUUAAUUUUUAUUAUCCUUA